CUUCGAUCGCGAGUGAGUAUACUGUGAAUUUUUUAGAAACAUGUUAUCUAUUCAGCAAAGUUACUCUAGGCUCUUUAGGCCUUGGGAUGUGAGUGACAGUAAAAAGAGAAACGAAGAAACAAACGAUAACAGAACGACCAAAAUAGAUGUAGAUAACAAGAAAAGAAAAUUGGGGGAAAAGAGAGAGAAUCGUUUGAGGAAAAUACGUGGCACUUAUAAGAAGACGGAUAUCAACAUUCAUCAAGACGCAACAGUAUCGACCACGACUGCAGACAGUGACGAAGAUAAGAAAAUUAAUAAUAAAGGCAUCGAAAGCAAACACUCUUUGGAAUCUCCUGUUACAAGUCUUAGUUUAUGUUGCGAUAGGCUGCUCCAAAAUCCAGAUGCAAGAAAAACUGAACAGAAAAGAGAAAAUAAAAAGGAAGGAAAUAUAGUUUCUGAUCCUGUAGAAAAUGCUUACACUCCUACCCCUAUACCACCAACUGUUAUACCACAUCACGUGUACAGUCCAUCAUACAUACCUGAAUAUCUUCCCGGUGCUGAAAUCGCGCAAGCAUUAGGCGUUCCACCGACCGAUCCUCUUCUACUGGAAUCCCUAGCACAAGGUUAUGCAAUGGAAUUGGAAUACGCAAGAAUACUACAACAAGAGAACGAAGCGAAACUGCUCAAUGCAAGAAAACAGCGUCCAAAGAAAUACAAAUGCCCACACUGUCAAGUGGGUUUCUCCAACAAUGGACAACUUAAAGGCCAUAUCCGGAUACAUACAGGAGAACGACCAUAUAAAUGUGAUGAGAAAAAUUGUGGUAAAACUUUCACGAGAAACGAAGAACUGACGAGGCAUAAGAGAAUACAUUCUGGAGUCCGUCCAUUUCCGUGCCCUACGUGUGGAAAGAAGUUUGGUAGACGUGACCAUUUAAAGAAACAUACCAGAACGCAUUAUAUGCAAGCGGAGAGGAUGAUGCCAGUGUUCGUACCUCUUUCAGCGGUCCCGCACGUUGGUGGCUUUCCUUAUUUAUAUGGUUACUGAUGGUUACUCUGGCUGUUUGGUUUUGACGGCCUUUGUCUAAUAUUUUUAAGAAAAAAAAUUAAUAAUAAAGAAACGAUAUUUGUCUUAAUUUGUUCAUUGUAUUUUUAUAAAAUUAAAUUGUCAUUACUGAUUAGUACAAAAUUUGAAAAAAAAU